AUGGUAGCGCGCGCCAUUGACAGUGGGAGUCGCUUGCUGUUGUGGGUGGCCGUGGCCGUCAACUUGACGGUUUCCGUCAAUGCAUCAUUCGACGGAUAUGCGGUCGAAUCCACCGUGCAACACGGUGGUAACGAAACGUUCAACGGCCAACAAUCUUCGAGGUCUCAUCUGGUGGGCAGGGUGGGCGAGUUCGAAGGCGAACUUAACUACUACCUGCCACAAUCAUUUAGGACCCAUCCAGAGCGAGCCAACCUCGUGACGCGUCCGCUGGGCUUUCCUGUAGACACGGGUCGCAUGCCCGGUGUGCUGCUCGGCUACUACGAAGACAUCACAUUCUACCAAUGCGUCCUCCGCAACUUGUCCACCAAUCCGAUCCAGCCACGCAGCUCCGGUGACUCUGACGGUGACGGUGGCGGUGACGCCGCCGCUUCAAGUGGCAUCUCAAAUGGCGAUUCGUGGGACGAUUCUGGUGACAGUUCAGGUUCCGAUUCCAUGGACGGUAUCUCACACUCACUGGACAAGGAAUGGGCCCUGCCACAGCUCCGCUGCCACGGCCCUCCCUGCCCCUCCUUCGGCUCCUGCACCGCCCGCUUCCCCAACGUGCAGGCCUGCUGGAACCCCCAAUUCGUGGAUGGGCCCGAGGACGAUAUCCGCCCCCCUAUAAACUGCCCCCUUAAAGGAAAGAUCACAUGGCGCGAUAAGAAUACGCGUAUAGUGCCGUUUGACGCGUCGUGCUCGCACGAGAAGGACUUUAUCAGGCACGUGGGUUCGGCGCUGCAGAUGAUGCGGGUGGAGGACGUGUAUGUGACGGACACGGGAUAUGUGCUCAACCGCUCGCACCUGUUCUUCCGCAACGGAUGCACGAGCUUCCCAGGAGCGGUCACAUACGAGGCAAACCACGUGGUGCAUCAUCUAUCCACGCCAGUGUUCAACUGGGCGUACCGGCUGGGUGGCAAUUUCUUCCACUUCCUCAUGGAGCUCGUUCCGCUCUUCCUCGUCGCCGCGCCCCUCAUGCCCUCCACUCUGCGCCACCUGCCCGUGCUCGUCAGGAGUAACCAGGUGCAAAUGUACGAGAAAGUGGGUGCGCCACUCCUAGGCAUCCCAGUCGAUCAAAUUCGCCUGCUCCCCACUUCCGAGAACGACUUAUUUCAUGCAGACGUUGUGUAUCAGCCCAUCUUUCAGAACUGCCAGUACCCCAGCAGGUCUCUCUGGCAGUUGCUGCGGCGCCGCCAUCUGCUGCACCCCUCCGGCAUUCCUCUCUUCAACCCCGACUGGACCUACCGCCGCCACCGCCCUCUCUCCCCCGCCGAGGCUCGCUCCUUCCCCACCGACUGGGUGGUCGUGCUGGCGAAGCGGGCGAAAGGGAGGAAUCGGGCUAUGCUGAAUUUUAGGGAGGUGGAGGAGGAGGUGUUGAGGCGGUUUGGUCGCGAAAGGGUGGUGGUGUUUGAUGGGUCACUGCCGUUUCUGGAAGCCCGUGCACUCUUCCGACGAGCACGCCUCUACAUAGCAUCACACGGAGCAGCCCUCACCAACAUGAUUUUCAUGCCAGAACACGCAUCAGUCUUUGAAAUCCGACCUAGGGAUUGUCCCACACGGGUCUAUAAUGGUCUCGCUGCUGCCUGCUCGCUGCGGUACCAUCUUGUGUUCAGUCAGGGGCAUGGUUCGUCCGCUGCGGUGGCCAAUGUGACGAGUGUGGCUCAGGUGCUUGAUGCAGUACAAGCUAAGUUUCAAUCGGAGGAUGAUGGAGGUGAUGGUAGGGGCUCAGAUAACCAAGUCUGA